AGGGGGGGAAGCAGCCGCUCCCCAGAUCUCAGUUUGCGGAGCCGAGGAGCAUCGCUGGUUCUGCCUCGCGUCCUGGGCGGCGGGGACGUCGCCUGCAGCUCCGUGGGGAAGUUUCGAUCUUGCGACAGAAUCGGCAUUUUGGGGAGCUUUUGGGGUUUUGGUUUUUUUUUUUUUUUCUUCCCCGUCUUCGUUUUCCUUCUUCCUCUAUUAUUUAAACGAAAGAGCAACAGCCGGCAAAGAACCCAACUCCAAGCCCGUUUUGCUCCCCCAGCCUGUUUUUAUGGCCGCCCUCCCUUUCCUGCCAGAGACACUUACGUUUCCUCCUUGGGUUAUAAACUUUUGAUGCCAGAUCUCCGCAGCGUGUGCCCAACUGAAUCUUAAAGAGUGCCCGUGCGCAGCGGAGAUGCCACCUUCCCCAAAGCUAUGGACAACGUGACUGUGCGGCAAGGGGAGAGUGCCACGCUCAGGUGUACCGUGGACGACCGGGUCACGCGGGUAGCCUGGUUGAACCGCAGCACCAUCCUGUAUGCCGGCAAUGACAAGUGGUCUAUAGACAACCGCGUGGUCAUCCUCUCCAACACCAAGACCCAGUACAGCAUCAAGAUACACAACGUGGACGUCUACGACGAGGGCCCCUACACCUGCUCCGUGCAGACAGACAAUCACCCCAAGACUUCGCGUGUCCAUCUCAUUGUGCAAGUCCCCCCCCAGAUCGUCAACAUCUCGUCGGACAUCACCGUGAAUGAGGGCAGCAGCGUGACCCUUAUGUGCCUGGCCUUUGGGAGACCGGAGCCCACCGUCACGUGGCGGCACCUCUCUGGGAAAGGGCAGGGCUUUGUGAGCGAGGAUGAGUACCUGGAGAUCACGGGCAUCACGCGGGAGCAGUCCGGGGAGUACGAGUGCAGUGCCGUCAAUGACGUGGCCAUCCCGGACGUGCGGAAAGUCAAAGUCACCGUCAACUACCCGCCGUACAUUUCCAACGCCAAGAACACGGGCGCCUCGGUGGGCCAGAAGGGCAUCCUGCAGUGUGAGGCCUCGGCCGUCCCCGUGGCGGAGUUUCAGUGGUUCAAGGAGGACACCAGGUUAGCGAACGGGUUGGAGGGCGUGCGGAUCGAGAGCAAGGGUCGCCUGUCGACGCUGACCUUCUUCAACGUCUCAGAGAAGGACUACGGCAACUACACGUGCGUGGCCACGAACAAGCUGGGCAACACCAACGCCAGCAUCAUCCUGUACGGGCCUGGAGCAGUGCACGAUGGCGGCAAUGCGGCAUCCCGGGCAGCUGCCGGCCUCUGCCUCUGGGCCACCCUCCUCGCUCGUCUCCUCCUCGACUUUUGAUAAGAGAGCGGAGGG